GACAAUUUAAGUGUGGGUGUACCUGCUACUCCAGAUCCACCAGCCCCAGUGCCUAAGAAAAAGACUGCAGUUGAGGAAGUGAAGGUGGAGCCAGUGACCCCUCAACCAACACCUGAAAAAGAGCCAGCAGCCCCUGCACCUGCAGCCAAUCAGAAUUCUGAGGCAGCAAUGUGGCAACCAACAGGAAAGGACCACGAGCCACGCCUCGGACCCCGCCCUCGCUCUCACAACAAAGUGCUCAACCCACCAGGUGGAAAGUCCAGUGUGGUUUUCUAUUAGCCAUAGCCAUCAUUGUCACUUCCUUUCUUCCAUCUGCUUUUAACCUGUACUAAAACAUAUCCUUUCUCAUUUAUACUUUCUCCUUAACUUUUUUUGUUUUUUUUUCCCCCUUAAGUCUGUCACUCUUCAUUCCUUUUUUUUUUUUAUUCUGCACUUUCUGAUUCAUUCCUCACUUUCCCUUUUCCUUUUCAUCUAAUUAGAAUCACUGUUACUGUCGCUCCUAAAACUGAAUGACUGUUUCCUUUCAAAUGUUUUGCAUUGACUGUUGUUUCUCUAUAUGAUUAUGUUCUGUCAAUUUGCUAAUACAAUAUAAUACAAGUUUGCUUCAUGAAUCUCAGAAAAGUCUAUGCAGUGUUCAACUGGUACCACUGUUGGUCGCCAAAGCAAGCUCUUCAGUAUCAGCGUAUUCAGAUCUCCCUUUGAAACCCAGUGAAUGUGUUCUGAUGGCAAAUUCUUUUGUGCAAUAAGGUGACUUCACUUCUUUUUUUUUUUUUUUUUUUUUUUUUUUUUUUUUUUUUUUUUACUCGGCUCUUGCAAUUUUUAUUUUUUUGAGUUAGACGCAAAGCCAAAUGUAAAAGUAGUAGUUUAGAUACCAAACCAAAUGCGGUUUUUGUAACUGAUAAUCGCCAAAGCACAUAUGACAAUGAUUAGAAUAUGUACAAUCAAACAUCUUUGACUAUCACACUAUUAACAUGUCCAUACAUGCAUUUGAAUGUAACCAGAGACCGUUAAACUAAGAGAAUCAUCUGAUAUGCCUGAUUCUGUACUUGAAAA